AUGGACACGGCGAGCGCAUGGAGCGUCGCGCCGAAUGCGCCGGUGCUCGUCGCGGGCGGCGCGCUUCUGGGCGCUACAGCAGGGGGAGUUGCAGGGACUACGGCUGGCGUACUUGGCUCGCAGGGCGUGCCGCCGUUUGUGCUCGCGGCGCGCCUCGCCAAGAGCUGGUUCCUCUUUUCGUUCGGCUUCUUUGCUAUCCGUGAGUACGCCGUGCGUCCGAUCGUUCAGCGAAACUGGACUGGGCCAGAGAAUCCCCAUAUGCACGACCUACGGGCGACCUUUUUGUCGGGCGGCGCGGUGGGCGCCGUUGCAGCAGGGUUUAUGCGGCGCCCGAUCGUGCCGGGGAUCCUGACCGUGGCGGGCCUGUGCACCAUUGUACAGGUCGCCUCGAACGAGGCCACGAUCGGUGUGCGCGCGCUGAUGCGAAAAGAAGCGGCGGCGCCCCCGCAGCCCGCCGCGCCGUCGGUCGACACGGCACCCGAGCCCGACGUGGGGCACGAGCGGCCCUCCAAGCCGAAAGGGAGUAUCCGAGCGUUCAUCGAAAAGCACAACCCCAUUGUUCCCCUGUCGAAUGACGAGUACAAAGAGCGCCUGCUGCAGCGGCGUGCAGAGAUCGACGGCGAGCUCAUCCUGCUCGAAGAAGCCCUUGCGCAGGAGCGCAAGCAGCUGCAUACGCUCCAAGGCACUACUUUGUAG